AAAAUCCUUUAACAAAAGAAUAAAAAACGUAAUGAGGGCAGAGAGUUAACCGAAACAAUCAGAAAAAAGAGGUUGUGGUGUCUGGGGGUCUUCAAAUCUUGGGUGGAGAAACCCAGUGGUUUUAUCCAAAAACAAAAAACGAAUUUGAAGAAGAAUGGUCUCAACUUCUUCACUAUCAAUUCUGUAUUCCACCACCACAUCUUCAUUUCCUUCCACUUCCAACAGUUUCUCUGAUAAUAAUAUCCAUUCCACUCCCAAAUCCUUGGAAUCUUCCAGAAGAAUCCUCAGAUAUCAGAAGCCUCUCUACUCAUCCUCCUCGAAGGUCCGCGCGUCGUCUGCAGCUCAAUCUCCUCCUUCUUCUCUCGAGGAUGGCUCGGCCGAGCAGUUUCUGCGGAGCAAUUCCAUUGCGGAUUUCAUGAGGUUCAAGCAAGGCGUCCAUGGCGGAAAUGGCGAAUUACAGACCGCCGUUGUUAGCUACAGAAAGAGGUUCCCUUGGGCUCUCUUACAGCCUUUUCGUCAGGUGGAUUUGGUUUCGACGAUUCACAUCGCGGAUAAAGAGUACUUUAAGACCCUCCAAGAGGAACUUGAGUCCUAUGAUUGUGUUCUUUAUGAAAUGGUGGCCAGCAGGGAGAGUUUAGAGAAUAGAAGAAACCCCGCUGCCACAAAGAAGCUGAAAAGUUCACGCUCACGGGGGUUUAACAUUCUUGGAUGCAUUCAGCGACAGAUGGCUAGAAUUUUGAUGCUCGAUUUUCAACUAGACUGUCUAGAUUACCAGGGAGAGAAUUGGUACCAUGCCGAUCUAGAUUUUGAGACCUUCAAGCUGUUGCAGAUGGAAAAAGGUGAAAGCUUUUUCACCUUUGCAAGAGAUAUGACCCUUAAAUCCACAAAAGCUAUGAUUCAACCUGCUUCAAUUCGAGAAGACCUUGGUCCUUGGAGAUCCAAGCUUCUGUGGGCCUCGCGGGUGCUUCCAAUGCCGCUAGUUGGUCUUCUCAUUAUUGGAGGUGUUUGUGCUGAUGUCGGAAGCCAGUCAUCAGAGUUCCCAGAGCUGGAAGCCUUGUCUAGGCUAGAUUUUGGUGCUGCAAUGAAAGUAUUCCUAGCAAAAAGACUGACUUCUGACUUUACGCAGGUGACGGCUGAUGUAGAAGAGGGGUCGGUCAUUAUCGGCGAGAGAAACAAGGCUGCGAUUGAGGCACUUCAAAGGGCAUUUGACGAGGGCCACAACAGGAUUGCCAUACUCUAUGGGGGUGGCCACAUGCCGGACUUGGGAAGGCGGCUAAGAGAGGAGUUCGACCUGGUCCCUUCUCGUGUACGGUGGAUAACAGCAUGGUCGAUACGAAACAAAGAUUUAAAGAGCAGUUCCCUUCCAUUUCUGAAGACAAUGGCUAAAAUUUCAGGUUGGCCAUUGAACCGGUACCAGACACUGGCAUUGCUCAUAUUCUCCUCAGUACUUGCAUUGGAUCUCUGGUUCUGGGAGAUCUUUUGUGGCACUGCAGUUGACUGGAUCUCUCAAUUUGCUUCGGAUUUUGUUCAUUUUAUUGAUAAUGCACAGAUCUAAAGAUAAUUCCCAAUUGGUAGAUAAUCUUGAAAUUUAUCCACGAUGGAGCCAAUCUGUAUAUACCUUUGUAAAUACAUUAAACGUCUGCCAAUAUAAACUAGUGAAUCAUUUUA